ACCCUUUGGCUCUCAGCCCAUCUCCGUUUCGUCCAUUCUCUUGAAUCCCCGAAACCCUAGCUCUGAUUGUGAUGUCAGUACAAUCUCGUGCCCGAAAUGCUCCGAUUUCUCCCGAGGAACCACCGGGAUUUCAGUGAAAACCCUAAAUCCGGACGCCAAAUCGCGUUCACUUGGAGCCGCGAAUGGGGGAAUCCGAAUCUGGGUCGUAUCAGAUCGUUCUCUGCUCUAAUCUCCAACACGAAGAUCGAAGACAUGAGAUCUGGAACACGGUCAUUGAGGAACUUCUCGACGUCGGAGAAACCAGGAGAAGAAGACGCGAAACCGGAGAACCCGUACCCGAGUCAGAACGAGAACUUCAAGCACCAAGAGAUCGAAGGACCGACAGUGGAGCGAGACAUGUCGCCGCUGGCGAAGGAGACGAGACAAGUCCUGGAAGGCAUGAUGAAGAACAUCUACAGCCUGAGCAGAGCCAUGGCGGUACUGGGACUGACGCAGCUGGUCCUCGGAGCAUGGAUAUCGUACGCGGUUCGGUCGGAUCCGAUGCCGGAGGUGACGAUACAGAGCUGUAUAGCGUUUGGGUUCCCGUUCGCGAUGGCGUUGAUGAUGAGACGGGCGUUGAAGCCCAUGUAUUUCUUCAAGAAGAUGGAGGAGAUGGGGAGAUUGCAGAUUCUGACAUUGACGCUUCAGAUCGCGAAGAAUUUGAAUCUGUUGUUCGUUCGUGUUCGUGGGGUUUCGAUCUUGUGCGUUGGCGUGUUGUCUGUGGGGAUGGUGUUCGUGGUUUUGUCCAGAUGACAAAACAAUCACCACCGCUCUGAUGCUUCAUACAUAUGUCAAAUCUUUUUUUUAUCUAAUUUUCUGGUCGUCAAAUAACAUUGAAGAAUCUCAAAAGAUUGAUUAAUGAAAAUUUCUUUGCACAUC